CCUGCACUCCGUCCCCACUCUUCACUCACCAUUUCCUCAUCUCCGCAUUUCCUCUCCACUCACACCGAACCACAGCCCUCCAAGAUGCCAGAACCCCCACAUACAUCAUCUCCAGCAUCUAACCUUGACGACUCUGCAAGCGUCACAAACGCAGACAACCACCGUGACGUACUAGACACCAUAGAUCUCAACGACAACGACGGUUCUCCCAUCGAUCCGUGGAAAGCGUCUGAAGCGAGUACAUCUGCACCUUCACCUUCCCGCGGAACCUCCUAUACUAGCGCAGCCUCUUUUUCCCACUCCCAUUCUCCUUCACUGCAGAAACUGUCGGAUGAUACAACAAAUCCGGAGGAGACGGGCCCUUCUGCCAAUCUUGCCAGAACAGCUGCCACGACGUCCUUGCCGGUACAUUGGGUCAAUAACGGUGAGACACCGACAGUCUUGGGUAUUGCGGUAGUGGAUUUCAACCACUUGAUCGGCCCCACGGUUGAAUUCGCUUUCCCUCCUUCCCUACAGAAUGCUCUAUCAGUUGAUGAAAACCUAUCGAAGGAGCUACCUUUCUUGGCUCUACCGGACGGCGCUCAUCUAAGUGAAGAGGAUUAUUCUUACUUUCAUUGCACAUUCUCGCCCUCCACUCAUAACUCCCAACAACAUAAUGCAGAGACCAAUAUCCCUACUAAUCAAACUCUCUUUGGUAUCUCGUGCAAUCGCCAACUCGCCUCCUCCGAGCUCCACCGUCGUCCCUCAGACGUUACCAGAAGCAUGGUUCAAAAAGCCGUCAUCGUUAUCGCCAGCCACCCUAUCUUUGGCCCGAUAAGAGACAGACUAGGCGUCGUCACCCGCGCCUACUUCGCCCAACGCGAUUUCGCCGAAACCAAGCUCUUGGAAGACUUCUAUACCUCUCUUGAGACAGGCCUGGAAGGUAAAAGCGGAGAGGAAGCUAUGUAUAUGGGAACAAGCUUGAGAGAAUUAGUGCAUAAAUUCAGACAUCGGACACUCGUUUUGCUCAAGAUGCUUAUGCUUCAAAAGCGCAUCAUGUUAUUUGGUUAUCCAGUGGAGAAACUUUGCACUUACCAGUACUCUCUUGUCUCUCUUAUCCCUGGACUCCUCUUAAAUCUACGCGAUUCUGGAUCACCCGCCUUGGAACAAAAGAGGAGUAAAGUGAGACCAACAUCUUUGAGAACGAGUGAUAGAACGAGUUUGUUGCGGUUCAUGGGUUUACCACUAAGAAUAUUUUCUCAUGACGCAUUCUUCCAACCAUACAUGCCUCUUCAACAGAUGGAUACGCUUGCUGCUAAAAGUUGGUUGGUCGGUACGACGAAUCAGAUCGUCACACAACAAAAGGAGUGUAGAUAUGAUUUACUAGUCAAUAUUGAUAACAAUACAUUCACCUUCCCCAACCCGAAGCUUGAAAGGGUGGUAGGACUUACAGCGGCUGAUAGAAGAUGGAUGGAUGAUGUGGUGCAGACGGUUGAAGAGACUUGGGGUCUGUCGGAAGGUGAACGUCCAUCGUAUCGAGGCAGUGAUGAUGAUCUUCGAGCACGUUUUGAAGAGUACAUUCUUUCAGCACUAUCUUCUAUCAAAUACUCCAAUUACCUCUCCCAAACAAAUCCCAACCCUUCGCUUUUAUCCACUUCUUCGCCAAACGCGCCUUCCUCUUCUUCCGUCAGUACUCUCAGCAUGGUGGACCGAGAUCCCGACCAACAGGAUUUAAUGAUGGCAGGAUUAGGAGGAACGAAAGAAGGGGCCGAGGCGAUUAGGGAUUUUGGAGAGGGGUGGGUGGGCGUAUUUAGGGGGACAAAAGUUUACGAGAUUUGGAAUGAAUCGACGGAUGAGACGUUGUUUGAUAUCCAUGAGCCUCGACAUCCGUGUGAAGGGAAGGUAAACGUCGUUUCAGACUUGAGUCUGCGGAUAUCUGAAGGACUACACGACCUUCGCCUCGAUGAGCAGCUCGGUCCGACCCGCGAAGCUUUAUCUUCCGCUUUCUCUGCUGGUUCAUCGUCCUUGUUCAGAGCGUUUGACGGUGUAAGGUCAGAGGUUUCAAACAGGUUACGCGAAAGAGAUGAGGCAGCUGCGGCUGCACGAGCAAGGCAGUCAGUGAAUAGCAAUAAUGACCCUACUGCAAGUCAAACACAUACAGCAUUCUCAUCAACGACAACCACAUUCACCACCAACGCGUCCUCUACGCAAGGUCAAGCCCAGACUCAAUCUGUUGAGAACAUCCGUGCGACAUUAGGGGGGAUUGGAUCAGGUAUUGGCGGAUUCUUCAGUUCGCGCAUCUCGAACUUUAGAAAUCCUUCACCUACUCCGACGACGCCGAAAGGUCUGAGGCCGAUGAGCUUGAGUUCGAGUGCUAGCACAGGGAGUUUAAAAGGAAUGACGAGGCUGAAUACGCCGGAGAGGCAGGGGAAGUGAAGAGUCAAAGAGGGAUUGAGGGGGGCUAUGGUAUGGCAUGAUGCAAGGAGUCUGACAGGUAUAGAGCAACAAUAGGGGCGGAUGUGUUGGCGCUGUUGUAUCUUUUAGCUUAGCAUGCGUCCCUCCUCGGCACUUCUGAUUGCAUGAUAAAAAAACCGUAGUUCAACUCACGUAGCAAGUUUGUUCUUCCAACAUCUACAACCUCAGCCUUUUGUAAAUGCUACAUGCC